AUGCCUCGACCAGGAAAGAAUUCAUACAGUGACCAAAAACCGCCAUACUCUUAUAUUUCAUUGACUGCCAUGGCAAUACAAAGCUCAGCAGAAAAGAUGCUGCCACUAAGUGAUAUUUACAAGUUCAUCAUGGACAGAUUCCCCUACUACAGAGAAAAUACACAAAGGUGGCAAAACUCUCUCAGACAUAACCUCUCUUUCAAUGACUGUUUUAUCAAGAUCCCAAGAAGACCAGACCAGCCAGGAAAGGGUAGUUUUUGGGCUCUUCAUCCAGAUUGUGGAGAUAUGUUUGAAAAUGGAAGUUUCUUAAGGAGAAGGAAAAGGUUCAAAAUCCACAGGGCAGAACAACUUGCUUCCAAAAACCAUCAGAUGAUACAUUACUUUCAUCACCAACACAACCAACCCAAACUAGGUUUCACUAAUGCUGAAGGUAACACAGUAUCUGGUAUUGGGAGAUUGCCUCAGUUUCAACCAUAUAAUAUAAAUGGAAGUCAGUCCACUGGAUUUAAACAUCCUUUUGCAAUAGAGAACAUUAUUGGCAGAGACUACAAGGGAGUAAUGGCUGGUGGACUUCCUUUGGCAUCAAUGAUGCAUCACCUUGGAUAUCCAGUACCCAGCCAAAUAAGCAACAUGGUAAGUUCCAUGUGGCCACAUGUUGGAGUGAUGGACUCAAUGGCAAGUAUGACAAUGCCACAAGAAUAUGGACAUUUUGGAGUUCCCAUGAAAAGUAUUUGUCAUGCUCCUAAUCAGACUAUUCCAGCAGUCCCUGUACCUAUAAAACCAACAGCUUCUCUUCCCCCUGUAUCUGCAUUAACAAGCCUGACUGUAAACCCCUCUAACUUGUGUUCCUCUCCAGUGUCGCAAGCAGCAGUGACAGUUUCACUUUUAGAGCAGCCUCCUUCCUCACAAUCAGAAAACAAGGGAAGCAUUUUGCACUCUGUCCUGGUGCAUUCUUAA